CGGCUCACCGUUUCAGUUACUCUCGAAUGGCUGAUGAUACAGAACAGACGAUGCGGCGUUUGGAAAUGAAUGAUUUGAUGCUGCACAAUGUCGUUGUAAAAAGGAGAGAGCUUCGUCACGCUCACUGAAGAUUUUAAGCUCCAGAGUCCACAGCCAUGCCCAAAGCGGAACAGGUCAACUUGCAACGCACCUUGGCGUUGGUCAGUUUCUUCUACUUCACUUACUCUGCUGGCAGUGCAUGCCUCUUCCCAUUCUUGACCCUGUACCUCCGGCAGCUGGGGCUGAGCGCCACUCAGGCUGGUGUCGUCAUGGGCCUGAAGGUCUUUGUGGCUCUGUGGGCAGCGCCGCUCUGGAGCAGUUGUGCUGUGCAGCAUGGCAGACGACGCGUUAUCUUGAUGAUUGCCAUUUUCAUGACGAUUGCUGCCAACCUCAGCCUGACACUCUUGCCGCCAGCCGACCACAACCUGUAUUUUGCCUUUUGUGACCAGGCAAAUAAGUCCAUCGUAGGUAACCAAGAACUGUCAAACAAGUCUGCCGUUGACAACGGUGGUAAUUAUGAAAGUGCAACGACCUUUCUGCAGACUUCCCAGACUCAGAGUAGUGCACUGGUCCAGACCACACCCUCGAGAAUCCACCCACAUCUCACAUCAGCACCAGUCAACUCCAUCCAUGCCCCAUUCAUGCAUCUUCCAGUAACUGAAGUAUACCAAAGCGUGAUCACUAAGACAACAAGACACCAAUCUCCUGUGCUGGACAAACAACCUGUGAAUUUCCAACCUACAAAAGGACAACCAAACUCCAUCCACUCACUGCACACUGCCCCGUCUCCCAACUUGGAUGCACAGUCUCCAAGACCAGGUGUGCAUAAACAACACACAACUCCCCGGCCCGGCCACCUUUUGCCAAUCUCAAACUCCCAAGAUGAUGAAGCACCCACAAAGGUAUAUUGGUCUGGUGAUUUGGAAGAAAACAAACAGGACUUCCCCAAAGAUCCGUACCAUGACUAUGAUUCCUUGUCAAAAUCUGAGUGGAUUGACAGUACACAUUUUUCAUAUAUUUGGAAACCACAAGAAAAAAACAUCAACAAACCAAACCAAGUAACCAAAACACCGGAUCAGAGACCGACAACAACUAAUAAUAUGAGAAAGAUAGGUGGCCUGAAAUGGAGUUACGUCCAAGAAAAGAGACUUCCAAAUAAGGGGAGCAGUUAUAGUUCCAAUACGCGACAAAGGACUUCCACAUCAACAUCCAACUUUGAAAACCAGAGGGAUCACUAUGCAAACUUUGUUAAACGUUCCUUGUCAGAUGAUCAGCAUCAAAUCUCUGACAACGAUCAGUUACCAAGAUCCUUGGGGUCAGCACAAAAGACCCUCAUUAAAACCGUUGGUCACUUCUUGGAGUAUGAGAAUAUCAUUUUCAUCAUCACUCUUCUUAUCAUGGUCAUCGGGGAGAGUCUGGCCUGCCCUGUAGACAAAAUCUGUGACAGCUCUUUGCACGAGACUCUGGAUUCGGUUGAUGAACUCGACAAGUACAGAAGGCAUCAUGUGCCCAGCAUCAUUAGCUAUGGCCUAUUUGCUCUCAUCAUCACAGUUAUCGUCGACAGCAUGGACUGUCAACUUUUCUUGCAGACAAGCAACUUUGUGAUCCACUUCUACCUGUUUGCUGGUCUUCUCAGCGUCACCUUCCUGCUAGCCUUCUUUUAUCCCAUCCCCGCCCCUCAGAAGGCAACCCGCAAGCCCCGAUUCUGUAAGGGGCUCAAGCUGCUUGUGAGCGAUCCCCACAAUGUCGUGGUCACCCUGACGAUGAUCGUCACUGGAGCGCUGGUAUCCAACAUCCACAACUUCCUCUUCUGGCGCAUCCAAGACCUGGGUGGGUCUGAAGUGGUCAUGGGGGUUUCAGUGCUCGUUGCAGUUGGCUCGCACAUUCCAGCACUGUUCCUGACUGGCUGGCUGAACAGGAAGAUCAGUCAACUUGGCACCAUAGUACUAGCUGUGCUGUCCCUGGCUGUUCGCCUUCUCUACUUUACGUUCCUGUGGACGCCCUGGGCAGUUGUCCCCAUCGAGGUCCUGUGCGCAUUCAGCCAGCAGGCACUGUGGGAGACGGUGACUUCCUAUGGGGAGCAGAUAUCCCCCCCAGCCAUGGACAGGUCCGUCAAGUCCAUACUGAACUCCCUGUACCAUGGACUUGGGUUCGCAGUCGGCAGCAUCUUGGGUGGAAUCAUCUUCGACCAGGCUGGUCUGCAAGUGCUGUACGGUGUGUCGGCCGGCGUGGCCUUGGUGUGGGGUAUCGUGGUUGCCUUGGUGGGGCGGUUUGUCCCUAAGAAGAGGAGAUUGCACUAUUCAUCACUGUUGCAUCGCGAGGAAGAUGACGGCGAGGAGGGAUACCUGAGUGAUGACGAUUCUGAUGAAGUGUAUGGUAAUGAUUGGCUUGUAAAAGCUUUGAAGGAUGAUUUUUAGUCUACAUGUAAUUCAGGGAGCACCACAGUACUAAAUUUUCUAAAAGAGAUUUUGCCGUGAACCUUUGUGGUGACAAAGUUGCUUCAAUUUUCAUGCAUUCCUUGGUAAACAAUGACAAAAAAUUUCCAGUGCAUAUAUUGGUGGUUGUAAAGUCCACACAAUGCAACAUGUCACUUUCGCGACGUGUUGGGUAAAGUUUUGUAAAAUCAGCUGCUGACAUGCCAAAUUUUGAAACUUGCAGUUGAAUCCUUUGGUAAUGUUGCCAUUUUUACUCUGAAAUUCAUGUACAUGCAUAUGUGCAAAGAAGAGUCGUUAAUUUCUCCAAUAAGCCUUUUGCGAGUUAACUCUGACCCAAAUCCGGCACACUGAGUUCUUUAAAUUCCCGUGAA